AUGCAGAUUCCUGGAAGCCCAGCACGUCUCACCACUGCAUAUCAUCCCUGCUCUAACGGGCUCGUGGAGAGGCUCCAUAGACAGCUCAAGGCAGCCCUGAAGACCUCUGAGUUUCCGGAACGUUGGUCCGAGCACUUUCCCCUGGUUCUGCUCGGUAUCCGCAGCGCCAUCAAAGACUGCGGUGUUUCCGAAGCAGAUUUGCUGUACUGCGGCCCCUUUCGCCUUCCCGGUGAAUUCUUCACUCCCGGCGCACCUCAGCCUCUGCCCGACCCGCAAGAUUUUGCCACCCGGCUCUCCUCAUCCUGUGCCAUCCUGCGGGCGCCGUCUUACCGACCCUCAUCCGAUCGUCGCAUCUUUGUGCACCCCGACCUGGCAACGCCGACACAUGUCUUCGUACGGCACGACGGCCAUCGGCAGCCCCUGCAGAACCCAUACGACGGCCCCUACCUCGUCCAAAGUCGCCGUCCGAAAUCCUUCACCCUCCUCAUCAACGGGCGCUCCGAGGUGGUUUCAACGGAUCGCGUUAUGCCCGCGUACAUGGACAUCCCGUCUUGUGCAGCGUUUUCAGCCCCGUCUCUCCGGUCCCCUCCCCCGUGA